AUGAGUAAUGUCAGUUCAGUCGUCCUCAGACGUGCUUUGCUUUCCCGAUCUCGGAGAUAUCUAUUAAGUCUUUGCUGCGAGAACAAUUAUACGAUUCUCGUCUUACAACGGAGACUAACUCACUUAACCGUCGAGAAUGAUUCCUUGGCUCGGGAUGGAGGCCACCCGGGAUUGUGUCUGACUUCCAACAACAGCUACAGUGACCACGAUACUGUGCAUGUGACAAUGAACAGUAAGGUCAUAUCGAAGGGAGACGAUAUCUUGAAAGAGAUCCAACGCAUCUGA